UGUAAAUGUAUUCGGCUUCAACGCAUUGCUACAAGUACUGUCAUAUUUUACCAUAUUUGGUUUGCAAUAAUGGCUUUAUCCAUUGCAACUGUCUGGACAAGGUGCGCCACGGUUCUCUUUGUAUUCAGCGGGAUGUGGGGAAUUGCUUUGCCCAUUACUCGCUACUCUAUUCCCGAGGAAAUGCAAGAGGGUUCCGUUGUUGCAAACCUGGCUACAGAUUUGGGACUUGACGUUCGCGCUCUGGUAACACGCAAGGCAAAGCUUGACAUAAUCCACACUAAGAAAUAUUUGGACAUUAACAAAGAAACGGGAGAGCUAUUCAUACUUGAAAAGAUAGACAGGGAAUACAUAUGCUCGAGCAAGACAACGUCUUGUUUUCUUAAAACGGAUGUCAUACUUGAAAAUCCCAUUCGUAUUUUUUACAUUGAGCUUGAAAUCAUGGACAUAAAUGACAACGCACCUAUCUUUCGAAGGGAGACAAUGCAAUUGGAUAUUUCAGAAUCUACCGCUCCAGGAGAGAGAUUCUCUUUGACAAAUGCUGUGGAUGCAGAUGUCGGUGCGAAUUCUAUUAAGACUUACUAUUUGAGCGAAAGCAAGUAUUUUACAAUUGAAAUACAGACCGGAAGCGAUGGCUCUAAAUAUGUAGAUUUGGUUAUCAACAGUAAUUUAGAUCGGGAGGAACAGGCGGUUCAUAAUUUAAUAUUAACCGCUGCAGAUGGCGGGGUUCCUGCGCGCUCAUCCACAGCCAGUAUCAUCCUUAUGGUUCUGGAUAUCAAUGACAAUGCCCCCUUUUUUAACCAGCCGAUAUAUGCUAUUAAUGUAACUGAAAACUCCCCAAUUGGAACUCUAGUAAUGAAGUUGAGCGCAACAGACUUGGACGAGGGCACCAACGCAGAGAUUACAUAUUCAUACACGUUAUAUACAUCCGAGAAGACACAAGAAAAGUUCUCUCUAAAUUCAAAUACAGGGGAAAUAAAGGUGAAGGAUGUGAUUGAUUUUGAGGAGAGUCACAGUUUCGAUAUAUAUAUUCAAGCAAGAGACCAAGGAUCGAAUUCGUUAUCCGGAGAUAGUAAAGUAAUGGCAUUUAUUACCGAUCUGAAUGACAACUAUCCUGAGGUUACCAUUACAUCUUUUAAAAGCACGGUCAAGGAAGAUGUUUCCAUAGGAACAUUAAUAGCAGUGAUCAGUAUAAGCGAUAGGGACUCUGGGGACAACGGUGAAGUUGAACUCACUUUGAACCAACAAGCAUCCCUACCCUUCGUUCUCGAUAAGUCUUCGGAGGAUUACUUUGCUCUGCUUAUUUCAGAACCACUGGACCGUGAGACAAUUCCAAGAUAUGACAUCACUUUCAUAGUCACAGACAAAGGAACACCUCGCUUAUUUGACAAUGAGACAAUCACCUUGGAAAUACUGGACGUCAAUGAUAACGCACCAGUAUUCCCCCAGUCAUUCUACACAAUCCAUGUUGUGGAGAACAACGUCCCCGGGGCACUGUUGAUGUCACUCAGUGCUUUUGACCCCGACCUCCACGAGAACCAGUAUCUGGUCUAUUUUAUCAUGGAGAAGGAGAUCAUCAACACGUCUAUGUCCAUGUUGUUCUCCAUUAAUCCAGAGAAUGGCAACCUUUAUGCUCUAAAGACCUUUGACUUUGAAAGGGAGAGGGAGUUUCUUUUCCACAUAGAGGCCAGAGACUCUGGGUUACCUCCACUCAGCAGCAAUGUGACAGUUCACAUCAUCAUUUUGGACCAGAAUGACAACACCCCGCUCAUAGUGUCGCCUUGGCGAGCACAGGGCUCGGUAAUUGAAGAGGUGAUCCCGAGGUCUGCUGAUAAAGGAUUCCUGGUUGUCAAAGUGAUCGCCAUUGACACAGACUCAUUACAGAACUCACGGGUCACAUAUCAGCUUCUACAGACCAGUGACUCUUCUCUGUUCAGUCUAGAUCAGUACAACGGGGAGAUCCGGACCACGAGAAUGUUCAGCUACAGGGACCCCCGUCAUCAGCGGCUGGUUGUUGUCGCCAAAGACAAUGGAGACCCCGCUCUUUCGGCCACAAUUACCAUCAAGAUAUCAACAGUAGAACACAUGGUGACGCCAUUCUCAGAAACUACUGAGGUGCCUUCAGAAUUUGACUUGUUCACAGACUUAAAUCUCUAUUUGGUCAUCGGUUUGGGUUCAGUGUCCUUCCUGCUGUUGAUCACCAUAUUGGUGGUCAUUGUGCUGAAGUGUCAGAAACCAAAGCCCAUGAAGAUGCCUCCUGCUAUAAAUAUGAAUCUGAACAGUCUGAACAGGAACAGUGUGAUCAGCAGAAACAGUUUCAUCAGCCAGAGGUGCUCCACCAUAGCCGAUUCCACCCUCAUCUCCAGUGAUGCCUACUGGUACAGCCUGUUUCUAGCAGAGACCAGGAAAGGCAAGGUGGUUGUCAGACAGCCUAUAGUACCCAAGGGAGCAGGCUACUUUGUGUCCAGUAUACCCAGAAGCACAGGUCCUACAGAGACCAGCGACUCAAGAGCAUCCACACUACAGGAUUCUAGGGCCAGCAGUGACCUGCCAUGAUGUCCUCAUUCUGGGGUAUUCAGCUGGAGAAUGUUCAAAGAAGUUAAGAGCGACACCAGCACCCCUCCUUCAAUCACUGGGAUCCAACAGUUACCUCUGGGGGCAGCUCCUCCAACCCUCUGCCCUCUUCGAACCGACCACACCUGUAGACUGUAGACUACCUUCAUCAUUUUCCAUCAAGCAUGAAUCUGCAUGGCUACAUCGACAGGUACUUGCAUUUAGAAAAUAUCCUGAAGAAGAAAGGAACUUAACAUGAGGUCUUUAUGCAUAGCACUCUCUGUUAACAUGGGAGCAGGCACUCAAUAUCUUCCAAAAUCCUACCUUACCUCUCCAGGAAAAACAUGACACAAAAGGGAUAUUCUGUCGUGUCCUUGUGAGGGUACCUCAUUGUGAUGUCAUAAUGCGUUUUUGGGGUAUGUGUGAGAGGUCACAAUCAAAGAACAAAAAAAACAUGUACAAGAGAAUGAUGGUGCCAAUGCCUUCCAUAACUCGUUUAGCUGGUGAAAUAACCAUCUCAGUUCAUCUGUGAAUGUGUAGGGUGCACACUGUAGGUAAGAACUUUUGUUUAUUUUGAUUAGAAAUAAGACUUAACAUUUUUCAUCAUUUUGGCUUUCUAGACCUUGUUUUUGGCUCCGGACAUCAACCUAUAGUAUGGAAUUAUUCAUUUCCUGAUACAUGGUGUUGGAUGUGCAUGUUGAGUUGCUACUAUAAAAUAGAUCAAUACCUGAAACCUGUCAUCCAAUGAGCCAGGUAGGAGAGAAGUACCCCAUGUUGCUCCACUUCACAUUGCAGACAGAGUUAAUAUAUUCUCACAGUUCAAAUAUUCAUGAGCACAUUUGACGGUGGCACUAUAUUUAGUAUAUUUUGAUGAUAGACAUUUCCUUCUCAGCAUAUCUAUAUAAAGCACAGACUAGAAUCCAUUUUUUUUGUGUGAGAUCAUGUCCAAGGAAAUAGUCAGGACAGUGACACACCAGGAUUUAGCUCCUACCUGCCUAAACAGUGCAAUAUGACAGUCAACCUAGAAAACACUGUAUGUAGAAUGGCUGUAGCACUAAAGGGCUUCACUUUACAACAACUUAUCAUACCUCCAUCUGAGUUUUGUCAACUUACCUGUGCAGGCCUCUGCCCGGUUCCGAUAACUAACACUUUCCCUGCACUGUGAACAAGCCUCAGAGAAUCAGCUAAAGGAGAAGUCAAUGUAAAACAGGAGGCUUACGGGAAGAAACCAUGUGUACUUUAAAUGAGAAAUGUUACUAUAUUCACUUAACAAAUGUGACUUUUGAAAGUAUUUAUCAUUGUAUAAUCAAAAUGUAUUGUAUGUUUGGCAUGAUACAAUACAAUACUCUGGACAUGUUUUUAAAGUUUACAAUGUUUUAUGAAUUUGUAUGUUGUUGUUUUUUUAAAUAUUUGGACCUAACAAUUCUUAAUGCUACUUUUUGUGACUUAUUCAAGUGCAUUGUGUAGUCUACUGUAUUAUAUUUGUAGUGCAAUAAUACAGCAUUCAAUUAUUUUAUCUGAUACAGUGUACAGACAGACAAUCUAAAUUAUUUUAUGACAUUUGAAUGGAGUACUCCACUGCUUAAGCAUUUCACCAAAAUGUUAUUUUCAGUGUAUCAAAGUGUUCAUAGAGUAGCUGUUCUCCCAGCAAGAUCAUGAAGUGCAAAGAUUUUAAUGCAAGGCGUUAGGUCUUAGAAAUGAGAAACUAGAACAGACAGCAGUCUGUCCACGUGACAAUAUGGAGGGAAAGGCCAAAACAAGGAGAGAGAGAAACUGUGAAGACGAGCGUGAGACAGAAAGACUAUGCUACUAACACUAUUCUAUUCCUUUGACGUUAGUGCAUGACCUCAUAGGCCGAACACUCACAACCCAUCCAAUCUCAUUUGAAAUGCAAUACUGUACUUAAAUACUACUAUAUAUAUCUCAAUCAUAUAGGUUGCAUGGGAACACACUAAGCUCUUCCUAUACACAGUUAUUUGCACUUAAUCCAGACCUGGUUGCACUACUCAUCUAUCACAAACUGCAGUGCAGCUGUAGUUCUCAUCAAUGUUCCAGUUCUCUCUUGAUCUCUUUCCCUUGUUAAAGCUCUCUGUGAGGUCAUUGUGUGAGGGAGGUGCUACACUAAUUAUGGUACACAUGUGGGCUCUGCCUACUCUGCCCGUAGGGAGGAAAUACUGCCUGAGCAUUGUUGGGUUACAGAAAAUAUCCAACUGAAUUCAGAUGUCAUGUGCUCUUUAUGGGUGUCAUGCGUUACACCAGUACAUGUGACACGAGGACAAUGAGAUAAUGGUGCUCAAUCCAGAUUCAAGUCAUGAUUAUUACCAGGGAUAAAAUGUCAUCUGGAUGAACUUAAAUCCCAGGAGUUUGGAGAGAACAUCCUAAGCAGCCAGUGGCUGUGUGAUGUUACCUGAGAACUCAAGCUCAAACCAACGGAGGGGUUUAAAACCUGUAUCGGUGUAUCUACUUUGUACUUUGUGGUUGUUGUUUUUCUAAAUACAAUAUACUUUUUAUAUCUGCUGUGAUCUCUGAACUUGGCUUGACAGCACAGGAGGGUGUUUGUGUUGCUUGCUUCAGUAUCAUGCAGAUGUGUCUGUCUCUGUUGUGCGGCUACACUGCUUAUUCCUGCAUUUUGAUUCUACAUUUCGAUUCUACAGUCUACUGUAUCUGCCUGCCUUUCUGCAGGACUUCCUGUGUUCUAGGUGGUUGGGGGGGGGGGUGAGGACACAACCCACAACGCUGAUUGGUAGAUGAGAGAGUGUGUGGGAGAGAAUGGCCUUGCUUCAUUUUUUUAUUGAAUGUUGUUUCUGUUGAUUAUUGUCCUGCUUGUAAAUGCG